UAGUAUUUUCUGCAGUAAGAACUGUACUAUUGGAGUUGAAGGUGGGUUUAAUCAGAUUACCAUGAUGAUAUUAUGAUCAAGGAAGGAAUGAGGAAGGAAGGUACGGAGUACUUCCGGCGAUACUCCCACCCCCACCAUUCGGGGUUCUCCCCACUAUACUGCCCGAAACCCGACGCAAUACCACCGGGUACCCAGCCUAUACUCAACCUCUUGUCGUAUGUGAAGAUCAUGCAGAACAGAUCGAGUUUCAAACAGAUCCUACAACAUCUCCAACACCUCCGCAGCAAGGGGCGAAAGCUAAACCAGACAACCACCACCAUCCCAGAUCUCCCCCAUCCCACCCAGCGCAAUGACCUCUCCCGCUCCACACACCCUCAUCAUCGGCGCCGGCAUCACAGGCCUCGUCCUCGCCCAAGCCCUGCGCAAGCACCACGCCGCCUCCUCCUCAACCGGGCCCGUCCCCUUCACCAUUUACGAGCGUGACCCCAACCCCACCCACCGCGGCGCCGGCUGGGGCCUGACAAUCCACUGGGCGCUUCCCGACUUUGAAGCCCUCCUCCCCGUCGACCUCCUCGCGCGUCUCCCCGAGACAUUCGUCGAUACUGCCGCCGUCGCCGAGGGACUCACGGGGAAUUUCCUCCUUUUUGACCUCCAAGAUGGGUCGGAGCGCUUCAGGGUGCCGCCUAAUACACGCAUUCGCGUUUCCCGCGAGCGUCUCCGUCGCCUCCUCAUGGAUGGGUUAGAUAUCCAGUGGUCCAAAACCAUCGCCGCCAUUGACACCACCACCCCCUCCGCCGUAACCGCCUCCUUCACCGACGGCACCACCGCAACCGGCACCCACCUCAUCGGCGCCGACGGCUCCCACUCGCGCGUACGCACCUUCCUCUCCCCCUCCCCAUCCAACUACAUCCUCCCCGUCCGCCUCCUCGGCACCAGCGUCCCCUAUUCCUCCGCCCGCUGCGCUUCCAUCCGCGCGCUCGACCCGUUUUUCUUCCAAGCCAGCGACCCCGCCACGGACGCUUUCUUCUGGUUCUCUUUCCUCUCUGUCCCUGUAGACCCGAAGGAGGAUAGGGAGUGUCAGAUCCUUGUUUCGUGGCCGUUUCGGAAGGGGUUUUUGGGGAGGGAGGAGCCGGUUGAGACGCCGGUGCAGGGGGAGAGGGUGGGGUGGAUGAAGGAGGUUACGAAGGGGUGGGUGGAGCCGUUUAGGGGGAUCGUGGCGGAUAUUCCGGGGGGGGCGGAGGUGAAGAGUUUGGCGCUGGAGGAUUGGCUGCCGCCUGCGGAGGGGUUCGAGAGUAGAGAUGGGAGAGUGACAUUGAUUGGUGAUGCGGCGCAUGCGAUGACUAUGUACCGCGGCGAAGCUGCCAACCAUGGUAUUGCGGAUGUGGCGUCCUUGGUUAGAGAGAUGUUCGCUGAGGCGGACGCGGAUGCCCCGAGCCCGAUUGAUAGGUAUGUGGCGGAGAUGAUUCCGCGUGCGAGGGUUGCGGUGUUGAAUUCGAGGAGGGCGUGUUUGGAUGCGCAUGAUCAUGGGAAGAUUUGUGAGACGAGCCCGUUGGUUGCGAGGAGGGUGAUUGUGCUGGAGUGAUAUGGGUCAUCAUAGGGAGCUCGUCAGAGGGAGCUCGUAUUGUGAGAAGUGAUAAAAGUGCAGCUUCUUGCAUAUGAUGAACGACACAUAGAUUUUAUCUUGAUAUAACGAAUUUAUAAACAAAUUAUUUAGGGAUAAUCCCAGAUAAAAAUAAGGUC